GUUCCUUUUACGUCACAUCACAUCCGCUUUCAAAGUCGCAGUCGACAUUUUCACUUAUUUUUAUUUUUAUUUUUUUACAUUUGUCAGCUACUCGAACGUAAUAAUAGAAUUCUGUUCUCAAAUAAUGGAAGUACAUUGGCAUGAUUGUCUAUUGUCAGCCCUCAAUGUCAACUAGAGUCACAAUCGUUGUACGUAUUUGGUAGUAUUGUUUGUAACCAUGUACACGUUAUUAUCAGGCUUGUAUAAAUACAUGUUCCAAAAGGACGAAUACUGCAUUUUAAUCCUGGGACUGGAUAACGCUGGAAAGACGACUUUUCUGGAACAAACCAAAACAAAGUUCAGCAAGAACUACAAGGGGAUGAAUUUGUCCAAGAUCACAACCACAGUUGGGCUGAACAUUGGUACAAUUGAUGUGGGAAAAGCUCGUCUCAUGUUCUGGGAUCUGGGAGGCCAAGAUGAGCUUCAGUCUCUGUGGGACAAAUACUACGCAGAGUCGCAUGGAGUUAUCUAUGUCAUCGACUCCACCGAUGAAGCCCGUCUUUCUGAAUCCAAGGAUGCCUUUGAGAAGAUGAUCAGCAGUGAGGUGUUAGAAGGGGUUCCCCUCCUGGUUCUGGCCAACAAACAAGAUGUAGCGAACUGUUUGUCAGUUGCCGACAUCAAAACAUCCUUCAGUGACUGCGCACCAAAGAUUGGCAAGCGAGAUUGUCUGGUGCAGCCAUGUACGGCCCUCACAGGGGAUGGAGUGAAUGACGGCAUUGAGUGGAUGGUCAAGUGUGUCAUCAGGAACAUUCACCGACCCCCUCGGCAGAAGGACAUCACAUAGACAAGACCCCUCUCAGUACCAUUUGGACCUUCUCAUCAAGAACGUGACUAGCAACCCCUGACUCGGGGCGUGUUCACACAACAUGUCAAAAAAAGACUUUAGUCUGGUUUGCGUUCACACUUUUUGUCAGCGGACCAAAUACUGCUCAGUUAAAACACAUCAGGCCUCCAUUGGACGCCGUAUGUGACGUCCCACCUCACAUGACGUCUUCACAUGCACUCAGAGGGCUUUUGUUUGGAUGGCGGAAGGAGAUCCUUCUCUCAUGCGGUCUGCCCCCUUCAGUCCUGGAUGUGCGCUCACACUUGACCAAAUGAACCAUACUCGCAAAGCAAAUGAACUCUGAUCCGUUUUAACUGAACACACCCUAAAUGUCUUCUGUCCUUGUGUCUGCAUUAUGUCGUCCUUGCGGAAAUCUGACUCUUUUUAGGAUGCUAACAUAUUUCCCACCAUUUUGAAAGGUUGUUUUGCUACCAAUGAUCGUUACUGAUCAGUAAAUUGGAAGAAUUCUAUAUCAUAUCAUAGCAUUGUGUUUUAGCCUCUAUCAAUAAAAAGUACAACAGUUGUCUUAAAGCA